AUGGAUAUCACGGAGCAAGACGAGCAGUCUCCACCCGUGGAGGGAGCUCCGAUAUCAAAGCCCAAGGGCCGUCCAGAUCAUCUCAUGAAGCGUGUCUCGAGGGCGUGCCUACAUUGUCGACAGCGCAAAUCCAAGUGUGACCUAGAUGCAAGUGGCAGCCCUGGUGUACCGCCAUGCCAGCGAUGUAUUCGAGAUGGCCGAGAAUGUGUCCUCGGCGGUUCGAAUCGAGGAGGUCGCCGCGUACGCAAAAAUAAAAUAAAACACUUCGCUCCAGAUACGAAACAAGCAACCCAGAAGAAGCCAGACUUGGAGUCGGCCAGCCCAGCGGCGUCAGAAACCAUUCAACAGGCAGCCAGCUCGUACCCGGGCCCGGUAGUUUUCGUGCCCACUAAUCCUCCCGCCCAGACGGUAGCGACUGCGACCUCGGUAUCGGUUGAUGAUGAAGAUGCGGCAUCUAUCGGCUCGGUACCUCGCAACCCAUCCGAUGCGUGGCAAUGUUUGACCGACAUUGCGAAACGAGGGACCGAGGGGCCCAGUCCCGCAACAACAGACUCUGUGCGCACCGGCACGGGUGGAUAUUCGGUAUACAGCACACUCCAGAAUGGCGAUGUAACAGGCUUCCAACCAAAGACUGGAAUCAAGGCCUAUAGGCUGGUGCAGUCGCGGUCUCUUGAUCCGGGAACUGUCUGGCAGCUUGUUGCCCGCUACGCUGAACAUUUCCAUCCGUAUCUUCCUCUAGUACCACGAAAAUACUUUUCUCGCGCAGCCUUGGACGCUUUUGCCAACGAUGAGAAACACCUCCUUACGGCGGUGUUAACGAUCGCAUCAAAGGACUUGGUCGAACGGCCAGAGAUCCACGAGUACUGCUCCAAAUACAUGCAUGAAUUGAUAUCUGGCAUUGCUGCGGGAGCAGACUGUGAUGUGGAGGCUGUGGAAGCCCUGCUUUUACUCGCUGAAUGGGAACCGCAAGGUCUAAGACCGAAGAUCGAACGUGUAGGGCGCGGUGAGGAGGACAGAGCUGCCUGGAUGCAUGUUGGACUUGCGCUACGCUCCGGCUAUUUCCUGGGACUGGACAGAACUUCAUUCCGCGGGGAUGCCUCUGGCGAUACGGAAGCAGAGGAGCGCAGGCGGCUGGCUUGGACGAGCUGCUAUAUCUCGGAUCGACUUAUUUCUGUGAGAAUCGGUCGUGCGUUCUGGUCGCGAGGCCCAGGUCCAAUGACUGGACUUGUCAGCCAGGAUUUCCCAUCACUUCAACCUAUUAAAAACGGAGACGAGGACUAUGCGCAAAUAUUCCAGGCAACGUUAGAUCUCACUCAGCUCUACGGAAAUGUGCACGACCUUCUCUACUCGGGAAUGCGGACCAGCAGCCAGAUGAUGUUGAUGGGAGAUUAUGUGAAAUAUGUGGAUGAUUUUCGGCUCGCGAUUCUACGGUGGAAGUCGCGUUGGGGCUCUUUGAAAUGCUCUACGCCCAUGCGGACUACCCUGGAGCUUUCAUAUGAAUAUUUGAGGCUUUACACCAAUGCUUUUGCCUUUCAGGCCGCAAUUUCUCAGUCAUUAUCAAAGCAAAAGAACGACAGUCAAUCCCAAAGAGAGCAUCUACGGGCAACCUUUGAUAACGUGGCUUCAAUGCAGGAUGCUCGGUUUAUCAUUGAAUCAUUAGAUGCCGCCAAAGCCUAUUUGACAAUCCUCGUGGAGACUGCAGAUCCUGAGAAGCAUCUUCACUUUAUGCCCCUCAGAUUCUACCUAUAUGGAAUUUAUGCUGCGGUCUUCUUAUACAAGGCGCGGUCGUUUGGCGUCAUGCCGCCCGCCGAGGAAAUGAACGUCCGCGGGCUCGUCAGCCGAACCACAGAAGUACUGAAUCGAGCCAGUGCCGGACCAGACGACAUUGGAGCCCGUUAUUCUCGACUUCUCGAGCUUCUAUGGCGGCCUAAACCGACUGCCCCGGCCUCACCAGCAGGCACUCAACAGGGCAAUGAUGUCCUGAUGCAAAACACUAACCCUAUCUCGAACUGCAUGCCCGACCAGGACGGCUAUGUGCAUUUCAGCCCUGCGAAUGAUUUCUCCUGGCUAGAUCUCGAAGCUGUAGGAGACUACGUCUCGGGAGAUCCCGCUGCCAGAACUGGUGCCAAAAAGGACAUGUAUUUUUCUCUCCCCAGAUUUGGUAAAGAGUUACUCCGAUCCGAGGGGAAUUCCGACCCCCUCAUCUACAAAGGACGGGCCCAUAUUAUCUUGCACUGGAGACAAGACAUCGUUUACCCCAGCUCACAAAGUGCACUUUCGCGUCCAUUACCAAUAACAAUGACGCAGCUGAAUGAAAUCCGCGGCCGACUGGCCCUCAUCACUGGUGCCUCCGGAGGAAUUGGAGCAGCCUGUGCGCGCCAGCUCGCAGAGAAAGGGGUUCAUCUCGCAUUAACAUACUCCAGCAACCUCACCGCAAUAAACACCUUAACCGAAGAACUCAAAGCAGCCUCACCGGACCUCCGGAUCUCCAUCCACCAAGUCGAUGUCGGAUCCGCAGAACAAAUCCAGGAUAUGUUCCUGCAAAUCGACAAGGAACAUGGUCAGCGCCCAGACAUCCUUGUUUCAAACGCCGGGUACGGCAAGCGUGUCCCGCAGAUAUGGGACAUCACGCUCGAGGAAUUCGACUACACGAUUAACGUCAACCUCCGGGCGUCAUUCAUCUUAACCAAGGGCGUCGUUGAGCAUAUGAAGAAUCAGCGCUGGGGUCGGAUUAUCUUUAUGUCUUCGAUCGCUGGGUAUGGUGGUGGUAUUAAUGGAUGUCACUACGCCUCAUCCAAAGGCGGCAUGACAGGCAUGAUGAAGAAUCUCUCAACCCGCUUAGCAGAGUUUAACAUUAGCGUCAACGACGUCGCGCCGGCUAUGAUUGGGGACACGGGGAUGAUUCCCAAUGCACAGGCGAUCCCUGAAGUUGCAGCGGGCAUUCCUCUCGGCCGGCUGGGUGUCCCUGAAGAAGUUGCUAAUGUUGUAACCAUGCUAGCUACGACGGGGUACAUGACAGGGCAGAGUUUGUUGCUGGCUGGAGGCUUAAAGUAG